ACAGUACAAACUUGCAUAUUUUUGUGAUCAUGGGUGGGGACGGGUUGAACUUUCCCGAAAAAGUUGGCAAUUUAUCCUAUUACAACACGAGUAAUCUUCCAUUUUCGGAAUUUUGUUUUAUUUACUUUCCCGAUUACAUGAAAAUAUCCUCAGAAGCAAUAACUGACCAUGAACUUGGCAUUAUGACUUCAAAUUGCAACACUCUUAUGGACAUAUUAAUCAAUAGUUCUGUAUGGAUCAAUCGAGCACUUCUGUUUGUCCUUAGUUUUGGAUCCCUACUAAAUAUUCUUGUGCUCUUUCUUUUAAUCAUGAGUUUUCCUAAAAACGCGACCGAUGUUUACCUAAUGAGUAUAACAAUUGGUGAUAUCAUAAUUUGUCUCGCUUCUAUGAUGUCUACACAACUCCCUGAAGAUUUCGGCAGCGCGUUCACGGCCGCAACUGCAGAAGUUCUCGGCAACAUAGGCAUGUUUACUGUUAUCUUGACCAUAUUUGCCCUGACUGUUGAGAGGUUCAAGGCCAUCCGAGAUCCAUUCUUUGCCCUGCAGGGGUCAACAAAGUGCAAGAGUGUGCGUAUUGUGACGUCAUUAUGGGUGGCACUUACAAUCUAUAGCGUGGCGGCAAUGUUUUUUGUACUAGAUCCAGAUUCACAAGAUCCAUCCAACCCGUACGAUACAGACCGGUUUGUGUGGUUGUUCUACGUGAAUGUAGUGCUAUUCUACUUCACACCUGUGUUGGCUACUUUGACCAUCUACUCCCAAAUUCUGAGAGCAGUCCAGAAACUAAACGCCGAGAUGGAGAAAUAUCUCUUUAAAGAUCGGGGUCCGAUAUCAAACAUCCCAUCGGAGAGCAAAUUUGGGAGCUCGAAACUCGACCCGAAUAAGAAACAUGCUGAAAAUUCAUUUGAAAACUGCAACCGAAAGUCGUCGGCGUCGGCGUCUGUGAGACGAUCCGAAGGCUUCAGUGGAAGACAGCGAAAUGCAAAAACAUCGUCUUCCAGUAUGAAAACUAUCAGCACAGGAGGAUAUUCACAGGCAAAAAAUGGCACUUGUUUCCAGAUACAAAGGUUGCGAAAAUUCAAGCAGAUGGUGAAUCUGUUUGUGAUUCUGCUGGUGUCCUUCUUCGUCCUCAUGUCUCCCUUCAGACUCCUCACCCUCUUCAGAUCCAUCACCGAGUGCUCCCUCGGCCAGAGGGUGGAGGGGUGGGAGAGACUCAUCCUCGACAUCUCACUCCCCCUCUCCUCCGUCGUGUUCGCCGCCAACAGCAUCGUCAACCCCAUCCUCUUCAACAUGCUAUCCUCCCGAUUCAGACACAAGGCCGCAAAAAGAAUUAUCCAAGUUUGCAGUCUCUUCAAAUUAUGCAAGAAAAAUCAGGAUAGAGAGGAUGGACAUUUUGGAGAAGCACCGAAAUGUGUUGGAGAAACACCGCCAAGGCCACAAGAUCAAAGGGGUGUCAACUCUACCGCUUGCUAAACAAUAACUAUUUUUUAAAAAAAAAAUUGAGUCUUCAGAAGAUUAGCGAAACCACCUAUAAUAAUGUUACGGUUUUCGAAGAAAAAUUUGGAGUAUGUUUUCUCCGGGUGUUCUUUUUUACCAGAAAAAUUUCAACUUUUU